AUGGAAAUGGUCGAGGAACCCCUUCGCUACAGUGGAUACCAAGCUCGCGGGAAAAAGAUCCUAGAAUGGGUAAAUAACCCAUCAGCUUCUGGCUGUUUUAUCGAAGCUUGCAAUGUGACAUGGAAUGAACUCAACGACUGGGCUUCAGUGGGUGAGGCUCAAACUGAUCCUAAUUCUAUCGAACAUCGUGAAAUUGUAACUGAUGCCCAACAGCGGAAAGUCAAAGGCCCCUGGACACUGAACGAUAUCUCAUCGCGAGAAGUUUCGCCUGGUGGAACAGCCGGGAAAUGGAAUCUUUGGGAAUCUUUCAUUGCCCCUGGUAAUCUCUACAUCACUAAUAUGUUCCGAGAGUCAGGCUACCAUGCUUCACAGAUCGCUCAAGUUUUGUACGAGAGGCAACACCCUAUCCGCACCCUUAAACAUGUGAUUGUGAUCGAUGUCGUGAAUGAAGAUACGAUCCAGUUUUGUGAGGAUGAACUUUUCACAGCUAACAAUGCGCUUGUAUGGCCCCCUCCUAGACCCCAAACUUUCGUGUAUGGCAGUGCAGAAUACGAAGGCUUGGUGGGUACCAGGCUUGGUACAACUGUGACAUAUCUAGUUCUUGGAGCAUUCGCACGUGGAACGCACCGAAUUUCUCAAAUUACUGUCGAGCAUCCAUACCGGGCUUGCAUUAUGAUUCGAUUCGACAUUGAAGACCUCAAUUCAAUUUCGUCACCUUCGUCCAAGGGCUCGAGUCCCGGAAGUAAACGCCGCCAAACGAGUGACGACGACGAGGAAUAUGUUGAGGGGCCGAGAAAACGUCGGAAGUCCCCUGGAAACACAGACCCAGAACAUUACAGUGGUCCUGCCAGACGUACAAGAAAACCCGUUGGUGGGUAUACGGUGCUCCCAGACGGACGGAUUAGAAAACCCCCAUACUAG